UAAAAAAUAAUCAUCCUCUAAUUCUUAUCUAGUUAGAGUUGUAUACAAUAUUGGCUUAAUUAAUUAUAUUGGCAAUAAUGGCACUUUCUUGUGGAAUGGCAGUGCAUCUAGAGAGUAAACAACUCUCUAUGCACACCCAUGAUUUUCGAGAGGUUACAAAGAGCUCAAUCUUCCUAAGAAAGAAGCCCUCUUUUUUCCAUAUUGCUGUUAAGAAUGUAAGGGUAUCAUCAACCGCCUCGUUAACCACACCAUCUGCUGAUGAUAUGGUGGAGAUACCACCACAACCACCAUCUGUGGACGGUAGCACUAUGUCGGUGGUGUUGGCUCCCGGCUUGGAGCCUGCCACCAUCUCUAUACCAACUCAUGUUAAAAGAUCUGAUUUUCCUCCUGGUUUCAUUUUUGGAGCCUCUUCUUCUGCCUUUCAGACGGAAGGAAAUGGAAAAGAAGGUGGGAGAGCACCAAGCACCUGGGAUUCCAUGAUUUCAAGUGGCGGGAAUCAAAUGGCUAUUGAUUCAUACAGCCUCUAUAAGAAUUUGUACAGCUGGAAUUAUGUUAUGCCCCUGAGUUGUUGCAUUGGGCUGGGCCUUCUACAACAUCUGCAAGUUGAGAUGCUGUUGGCAAAUCCUGGUGUCGACAAUAGUUACGUGAAUCAACAAGGCAUUGAAUUUUACAAUAACUUGAUCGAUGAACUUAUUGAAAACGGAAUCACCCCUUUUGUGACGAUGUUCCACUUUGACCUUCCCCAGAGUGUACAAAACAAGUAUAGCGGUUUUUUGAGUCAAGAUAUCAUAGAGGACUUCAAAGAUUACGCGGAUGUAUGCUUCCAGAACUUUGGUGAUCAAGUUAAAAAUUGGAUAACUAUAAAUGAACCCUAUAAUUUUGGUUCAUUCGGAUACAAAACAGGGUUGCCAGCAGACAAUAAAAUUGAUCCAAGUCCAUUUGUUGCUACCCACAACAUCAUCCUAUCUCAUGCUACUGCUGUCCAACAUUACCGAGAGAAUUAUCAGGAAGCUCAAGGCGGAAAGAUUGGUAUUUCAUUAUCAUCGCUAUGGUUUGAACCUUAUGAUAAGAAAAACGGACUCCAUAUAAAGGCUCAAAAGGCAUCCUUAGACAUGAUGUUGGGUUGGUACAUGGAUCCGCUAGUCAAUGGUGAAUACCCCGAAAUCAUGCAAGAACUUGUAAUCGGGGGGCUUCCCAAGUUUCCCCCUGAGGAAAAGGCAAUGGUACAAGGCUCAUAUGAUUUCAUAGGUCUCAAUUACUAUACUUCAAGAUAUGUCACACCUUCUCACAUAUCAACUAUUGACACCACUUACGGACAAUGUCGUAUGGAGUUCAUAGAGCAAGGAGUGCAAAAUAAGGAAGGAGAUUAUAUUGGAAGUCCAGCUCCACAAAGUUCCGAUAUCUAUGUGGUUCCUACAGGAUUGAGAGACUUGUUACUUUACGUUAAGCACACAUACAACAACCCUGAAGUAUAUGUAUGUAAUUCAGGUGUUCCUGCAAUGCCCACAAUCACAGGAUCCAUUAAGGAUUUAGCAAAAAAUGUAAUAGACAACGACGAAUCCAAAGCUAAAUCACUAGAUGAAAUCAAAGAUGCACUGCUAGAUGAGUAUCGAAUCAAAGAUAUUAGCAACUAUCUUUUCAAUCUUCGUGAAACUUUAGCGGAUAUAAGAAAUAAGGAUGGGAAGUCAGAGGCUACAAAUGUGAAGGGAUACUUUGUAUGGUCAUUGGCAGAUAAUAUGGAAAUUGAUGCUGGAGGAUAUCAAACUCGCUAUGGCCUAAACUAUGUCGACUAUCUUGAUAGGCAUAGACGUUAUCGUAAGGCGUCUUCCAUGUGGUUUACUCAUUUCAUGACUUCUUCAGAGAGUAGUCAAGGACGAACACCUAGUGUUAAUUAAUUUUAUCGAUCUCUUAAGUGCAUGAUAUAUGCAUACAUUCGGAUAAAAGAUUCUGUUUUUUUUUUAAAUGUUUGCAAGGAAAUAUGUUCUGAUUUUUAGUGUUUGUGAGACUUUGGCUAUAUUCGAGCCAUUUUAUUAGAGAUACAAGACAUAUCAAGGUCAUAAUAAUACUCCACUGAGAGUUCAUCAUGAACAAAAUUUGAUAGUUUGUAAAGUCAAUGAAUCGAGCAAUAAAGUAUUUGCAUCCAAUAUCAAACAUCGACAACGCUUCAGUGGAUUACCAGCACAAGUUUGAUCAAUCUGACAAGCUGUUGUGCUAAACAAACGCGGUAGAGGGACAGAAGCAAGUCUUAGCUAGCCCUUCUCCUGAUUUUAUCCUAGCGAGCAUAGGAUCCCAAUGGCGCUGAAACACACAUGAGCUAUUCAUUAUGACCAGGCAAAAGAAAACAAGGCCAUGAAAUUGACCAAAUCGAACAAGGUGGAGAAAAGCAGCACAUUUGGUCCUACUUGAUGUAUUUGGAUUAAGGAAUAAGCAACAUGUUUUUGAAAUAAGUUGAAGAGAACAGGUACUUUGUCUACAAAAUCUGAACUUAGGCGACGACAAUUUACUCGAUAGUGCCACAUGCCCACGCUGUGGGAUUGAAGAUGAAAGUCCCUGGCAUGCUAUCUUUGAUUGCAGCAGAGUGAAACCAAUGUGGGAUGAUGUGCAGUGCUCGAUUAUGAUGAGGGAUGGUGGGAGCAAGUCUAUGUGUGAUCUGGUGGCUGACUGGUGUAAUAUUGACACAAAAAUUCUUCGAAAGGGUGCUAUUUUGGCUUGGUGUGUGUGGCAUGAGAGGAAUCAAUUGGUGUUUAAGAGAAAAGAAGUUCCAAACUCGGUGAUCAUUGAUAGAGUAGAGAGAUUAGAUGAGGAACAGGGCAAAUAUGUGAAAUGUAUCUACUCGAAACCUGGGCUUACGAAAGCUCCACGGCAGCAGAAAGUGUGGGCAGCACCUCCUCCAGGCUACGUUAAAAUUAACUCUGAAUACAGAAGGUGUGGUGGGUCUUGGUGUUGUUGCACGCAAUGAGGAUGGUGAUGUUAUCUUCGCUGCUGUGAGACGCUCCAGAGCAUGGUGGCAGCCCAUGAUUGCAGAAGCUAAGAGCAUUGUUAUGGCUCUCAGACUAGGAAGAUCAAUGGUCUACUGUACCGAGCUGGAUGCCAUUCUUGAAGACAUUCUAGCACUUAGCUGUAGCUUUAAUUCCAUUUCUUUUGUUCAUGUAAAGCGUGAUGGCAACAUGGUUGCACAUCAUUUAGCUAGAUCCUUCCCUUUCGGAGAUGAGCAAAUCUGGGUUAGUCAUAGCCCCCACCCCCCCGGAUAUUGCGCCCUAUGUAUUGAUGGAUAAGCUUGCUUUGAAUAAUUAAUUUAAUUGCCCGAUUUGCUUCAAAAAAAAAAAAAAAAAAAAA